GUCGCUGUUUGACAGCUAACUCUGUGUCUCGUCGCUCAUUUCAGAGUAUGUGGGUCUUCUCUCUGAGGCUGUGGGACCGUCAUUUUGUUCUGAAUUUGUUUCCUCUGCGGACUUUGGAUAACACAUCACAUCUUCUGAGUGCUUCAGUGAAUGAAACGUGUGCUUGUAGUGGUGAUAGCGGCUUCUUGAAGGAGGUGUGUGUUCAUGCGUGUGUGUGCAUCGAUCAGCUGCAUCAGCAUGUUGCCACCUGUGAAGAAGGACCGGGUUAUUACUCAGCUCCCAAAGUGUUUUAGUGCAAAUGCAGCGCUGCACACCAAAGAAGGCUUCCACCCGCACGUGAAGGCUGCAUGCCAGGUCCAGAAAGCAGACACAGUGAGCUUUAAUGUUGCUAAGGUCAUCGUCGUGGGUGAUGUUGCAGUUGGCAAAACGUGUCUGAUCAGCAGGUUCUGUAAGGGUGCGUUUGAGAAGAACUACAAAGCGACUAUAGGGGUGGAUUUUGAGAUGGAGCGCUUUGAGGUGCUUGGUGUUCCCUUCAGUUUACAGCUGUGGGAUACAGCAGGUCAGGAGCGCUUCAAGUGUAUCGCUUCCACCUAUUACAGAGGAGCACAAGCCAUUAUUGUCGUGUUUGACUUAAGCAGUGUGGGCUCACUGGCUCAUGCCAGGCAGUGGCUGGAAGAUGCUAUGAAGGAAAAUGACCCGUCCAGUGUCUUAUUGUUCCUUGUCGGUACCAAGAAGGACCUCAGUUCUCCUGACCUGUUGGCUCAGAUUGAGCAGGAAGCCAUGAGGCUCUCUGAGGAAAUCAAAGCAGAGUACUGGGCCGUGUCUGCAAAGUCAGGAGAUGGUGUGAAGGACUUCUUCUUCCGUGUGGCUUCUUUGACUUUUGAGGCCAAUGUUUUAUCUGAGCUGGAGAGGAGCGGGUCGAGGCAUGUUGGUGACAUAAUCAGGAUCACAGACAGCACAGAGACCAGCCAUAAACCAAAGAAGAAGCCCAACUGCUGCUGAGAUUGGAUGAAUAUCUGCUGGAAAUUUUCUGAAGCAAAACGAAAUGGGACGUGCAACAGGAAAAUUAAGAUAAAAUGCGGACUGUACGGCUCGCUGUGAAUAUCAUGAGUAGAACCCAUGAAAGAAAGGUCACAGUGCUGAUAAUAACCUGAGAAGGAUUCAGCAAUAGGUCAAGAUGUAAAUUCUAAGUGGUUCCUGUAAACAGGCCUGUCAGCUGACUGAUCUGAGCAGUGUAAUCUCAGGAAUGUUUACAGCUGACUGCGGCGACAACAAACAGGCCAUUGUGAUGUCCCUGAUUAUGUAAACGUUUAUGAGAAGAGGAAGAUUAUUCUCCACUACAACCACCAUUAAAUUGCAC